AUGUCUGCGGGACUUGCGGCCGUCUAUCCUGCGGAGCAUGGAAGCGACAAGCUAGGAACUAUUCCUCGUUUGCGACGAGAACCUGAUCUUGAAACAGUCCACGAAAGCCCAAUAACACCGCGAUUGCCCGAGCUAAACGCCUCCGCCGAUGAAAUUGUUCCAAUUCCAAACGAGGCUCUCGGUGAUGCGCACAAUCGCGACCCGCCUCUCGCCGACGUCCCCAGCGCCGCGGUCCCGAAACUCUCGGGGACCUCUAUAGCCCUCACCAUGACGUCCCUCUGUCUCUCAGCUACUCUCUCCGCGCUAGACUUGACAAUUGUAACCACCGCCGUCCCCAACAUCGUCGCCUCCCUCCACUCCGUCGCCGGCUACAUUUGGGUCGGCUCCGCCUUCAUCCUCGGCUUCACGGCCGUGACCCCCGUCUGGGGUUCCGUUGCGGAUCUGUGGGGCCGCAAGCCCAUCAUCCUGCUGGCGCUGACCAUCUUUCUCGCCGGAAGCUUGCUGUGCGCGCUGGCACCCCACAUGGACGCUCUGAUUGCCGGCCGCGCCGUACAGGGUGUCGGUGCGUCCGGCAUGGGCGUCAUGGUGAAUACCAUCAUCUGCGACAUGUUUUCGCUUCGCGACCGUGGGUUGUAUCUUGCCGUUACGUCUGUCAUUUGGGCUAUUGGGAGUGCGGUGGGCCCGGUGCUCGGCGGUGUGUUUACGACACGGCUUAAUUGGAGAUGGUGUUUUUGGAUUAAUCUGCCUAUUGGCGGACUAGUCUUCAUCGUCCUCUUCUUCUUCCUCGACCUGCCAUCACCCAACACGCCGGUACUGGCCGGCCUCAAAGCCGUCGACUGGACAGGAAGCGCAUUAUGCAUGGGCGGAGCCCUCAUGGUCCUCCUCGCCCUCGACCUUGGCGACGUCGCGUACCCCUGGUCCUCCGCCACCAUAAUCUGCCUCAUCGUCUUUGGCGGCCUCGUCAUCGGUAUUUUCCUCGUCAACGAGUGGAAAUUCGCCGCCAACCCCGUCCUGCCCCUCAGACUCCUCUCGAGCUGGUCGAAAGCGGCGGCCUACAGCGUCUUCGCCUUCAACUCGUACGUCUUCAUCGGCAUCACGUACUACCUGCCCCUGUACUCCCAAGCCGUGCUGGGCGCCGACGCGUUGACGUCGGGGUUGUACCUGCUGCCCCUGAUCGUCUCCUGCUCGCUGUCCGCGGCCUGCGCCGGGGUGUUUAUCCAGCGGACGGGGCGGUACCGGGUGCUCAUGUACGCGGCGCAGGUGCUGUUGAUGCUUGGCACCGGCUUGCUCAUCCACCUCGCGUUCGAGAAGGACCUGGCAAAGCUCUUUGCGUUCCAGAUACUCACCGGCGUGGGCGUUGGGCUGAAUAUCGAGGCGCCGGUGCUGGCGGCGCAGGCUGCGACGACCGUGCGCGAUACCGCCGCUGUGCUGGCGACUAUGGGCUUUUUGAGGUCGAUUGCGACGGCCAUCUCUGUCGUUGUUGGCGGCGUCGUUUUUCAAAACCAGAUGAAGGCCGAGAACCCGGCUCUGGUUGAUGCGAUUGGUGCCGAGCUGGCUGGCCUAUUUGACGGAGAAAACGCGUCGGCUCAUGUGGAGGAUAUUGGUCUUCUUUCGGCUGAUCAGCAAGUGCCCGUCAGACAGGCCUAUUUCAGAGCACUCAAGACGGUCUGGAUCAUGUAUGUUGCAUUUGCAGGGUUGGCAUUGGUCCUCAACUUGUUCGUAUCAGAGCACCAUCUGAGUGAUGAGAGGAAGGCGGCUGUUCUAGGCGUCGAUCGGGGAAACCCCGACUCGCUAGAACAGCCGGUUCAGGGAGAAGAGUUACCGCUCGAAGCAACUGGCAGACAGCAAAAUGAAGCUCAUCAGCUGAGAAACCGGGCUACAUGA